CCACACCAGCAACGAAAGAAAGGAGGGGUAUUGCCGAGCGAGUGGAGGUCACGUGGGCGUGCGGCUGUGGGGAAGACCACCACGCGCAGCGCUGGUUGCCAGUGAGUGUGCAGCUGCUGGAGCCGGGGGACGUUCACGAGCAGCCAAGAUGACGGCGGUGAGCGGGAAGGCGGCGCUCCAGUGUGACUUGUUGACCUGGUUGAACGUAUCCCUGCAGACCGAGUUCUCCGCGGUGGAGGAGAUCCGCUCAGGAGCCUGUUUCUGCCAGCUGAUGGACUGGCUCUUCCCGGGGUGUCUGAACUUGCGCAGCGUGAACUUCCAGGCCCAGGAUGAGAGUGAGUUUGUCAAGAACUACAGCAUUUUGGAAGCCAGUUUCAGGAAGAAAGGGGUGACGAAGACUGUUCCAGUCCCAAAGUUAGUCAGAGGGAAACGUCGAGUCAUUUUCAACUUCCUGAGAUGGUUUAAGAAGUUCUUUGAUGCCAACUUCUCUGGUCAGUCGUACGAGGCCAUGGACGCUCGCGAAGGACAAGCCAUUGUACCCGUGAAGACUGCGCUGGGCACCUCUCAGAAGACGAAUCCUGGAAAUGAACCAGAACCUCUUGUGACGAGAGUGAAAACGGAACCGGAGUCUGAGGAGGCCAAUGAGAACACGCCGAAAAAACGCAUUGUCUUCCGCAGCCAAUGGCAGAAGACUUUCAAUUGGGUCCGGCCCAGCAAGCUGGGAGAUGUCUACGCCUACUGCCAAACCUGCGACCUCAACCUGAAUAUCACCGAAAUGGGCAAGGGGGACCUGAGGCGGCAUGAGCAGACCCAGAAGCACCAGAAGAGUGUCAAGAGCAGUUGUGAAGGACGUCUCUGCAGCACCGGGGUUCUGCGGUUCAUCAAGAAGCACUGGGCAGGAUGGGAAGCUGCCAAGACGGGUUCUGACGGAGACAGGGUGCCGUCCCACCCGGAGAGGCACGUUCUGGGACUUGGGCAUCUGCAGGGCCUGGCGUCAAUCUGCACCAAAACACCAUACUGUGUCUACCUGUAUUGCAGGGUGGAUCUAGGCGGCGCCAAGAGCGCCGACGUUAUCCUCUUGGGCUUUUUUGAUGUGGAUGCUGGAAAGCACCUCAUCCGGCUUCUUGACGUUGUCCAGCCCGAGGAGGAUGCUGCCCACACUGCCAACAGCCUCAUCAAAACCCUGAAGACUUCCAAGAUCCCGACCGUCAAACUUGCUGCUUUCCAUGUGGCUGGGGAGGAUGAGUUUGCUGAGCAGGUGGCGUCACAUCUCAAAGGUCUCCUUCCCCAUGCAGUGUCGCUUGUUGGCUUGUAUAGUCUCUCUGAUAGGGCUUGCAGGACCAUCAUAGAAACACACUCCAGCCUGGUUAAGGAGCUUGUCAUGGAACUGUACCACCACUACUCCUCCUGCUCUAGCACCGACGACAACCUAAAAGAGCUUUUUGGCAGCGUGGGUGUGAGGCCGCCAGUCCUCAGCCACUGUUUGGUCUUCUGCCAGAUAGUCUGCAAGAUUCUUGGAAUGUGGUCGGACCUCGCCACAUACUUCAAGUCUUGCGACCCCACAGAUAACCGGACCAAGAAAAUUAGUGCCCAUCUGGAGAACCUUCACAUGAAGGCAACGGUCAUGUUCCUAAGCCAUGCCCUUCAGCCUCUGUGUGAUUUCCAGGAGCAGCUUGAAAAGAGAGAAGGCAGAAGGGAGGAUUUGGUUCACGUCCUGCUGGAAGCCAGUGAUCUGCUCCGCUCGUACGCGGCCAGCUUCCUCCACUCCAGUGCUGCCAUCAAGUUCCUCAAGGAACGGGACAUCAGUGUGCUGAAGAGUAAGAAGUCUCACCUGCCGGAUGCUGAGGUCAAUGUUGGAGUGGCUGUGGAGGACUUCCUUGAAGAGCACAAGGAGGCCCUGGCUGACAUGCUGCCGACCUUUGCAGAGGGUGCCAUAUCAUUCUAUGUGUCGGUCACAGCUGCCGUGGCAGAGAGCCUACCUUUGAAUGAAGGCAGCUUGAGAAAUGUGUCCAAGCUGUUGAGUCCUUCGCGGGUGUUGAAGCUCACGGGGAAGGCGUUGCUGGAGUUGGGAGCUGAAUUCUGUCUCCGUGACAUCAAAAGAAAUGCCACCCAGCUCACCAACGACCUGGUACAUUACCAGCUGGAACUGGGGAAGGAGUCCUCCCAAGACUUCCAAGAGUUGGUCCCAUGUCUGGAACAGCACUGGAGUGCAGCCCUGAAGGCCAUGCCACCGACGUCCAUCUUGCGGACCCUGGUUCUUACCCUGCUGGCUCUGCCCUGCCCGCCUCUGAAAGCCGAGAAGGUCUUUGCCCAGGCACUGGAGAUCAGGGAUGCUCACCGACCAGCUGAGAUCAGGUCUGAGGGCGAGUCCGACGUCAGCCGAGAACUGGACCUGUGCGACGGCGAAGCUCCCGCUGAAAACAAGCAACCGUCGCUGUCCGAGAAAGGUCAUCCAGAGAUGUCUGGUGGCCCGUGUUCCUUGGAUGUGAUCGAGCUGACUGAAACCAUCAGGCCGUGUACCGUGUUACUGGAGAAAAUCAGCCAAAUAAACCCCAAGGAACCGGUCAUCUGUAUUGAUGACGAGGUGAUCUGGACAGGCUCCUAUCAGCAGGACAAGAAGGAGAGCUGCACGGUGACUCCUGUCCGGCCGAUCUCCAGCAAGCCGGGCUCUGGCAGGAAGAAGUUGUACCCGUACCUGGACGGGAAAGGCUUCCGGGUUGGAGAGCUCGUGUGGGGCAAGGUGAAGGGCUUCUCCUGGUGGCCCGGCAUCGUGGUCGGCUGGAGGAGCAAGUCAGUCCCGGUGGCCGUCCGCCGUGUCGAGUGGUUCGGCGACGGAAUGUUCUCAGAGAUCUACACGGAGUGCCUCCUGCCCUUCGGCGCCUUCACAAAGUGCUUCUGCAACAACUCGUUCGCCAGCCUGCCCACCUACAAAUCGGCCGUGUUCCAGGCGCUGGAGCUGGCGGCAAUGAGGAGCAGUAAGGUGUUCCCUCCGCUCACUGAGGAACACCAGGAAGAUGAGCUCAAGGCCAUGCUGGACUGGGCCUUCGACGGUUUCAGACCCUCCGGACCGCAGGGUUUCCAGCCCCCCCCGGACCCGUGCGACACAGCCGUCUCAGCGAAGCCAAACCACCUGGACACGGCGCUUUCGGACUACCAGCCUCCAGCCAAGAGGAAGAACGUACAGAAGAGCCGUGUGUGCGCCGAGCUGGACUUCAGCAGAGAACAAAUGGUGCAAGAAGUCACUGUGAAAGGAAAAAACAUUGAAGACUUUUGCCUCUCAUGUGGCGCAUCCAACAUCGAGAUUUUCCACCCGCUCUUCAAGGGGAGUCUGUGUCUCAAGUGUAAGGACAACUUCAUGGAGACGCUGUACCGCUACGAUGAGGAUGGGUACCAGUCCUACUGCACCGUGUGCUGUGCCGGCCUCGAGGUCAUCCUGUGCGGCAAUGCCAGCUGCUGCCGCUGCUACUGCAAGGACUGCCUGAACAUCCUGGUGGGGCCGGGCACCUUCGAGCAGCUCAUGGAGGUGGAUCCCUGGAACUGCUACAUGUGUGUCCCCCCCAAGCGCUACGGGGUGCUCAGCUGCCGGCCCGACUGGAGCGUCCGAGUGCAGGAGUUCUUCGUCAACAAUAGCGCCAUGGAAUUCGAGCCUCACAGAGUGUACCCGUCCAUCCCGCCCAGCCAGCGCCGGCCACUCCGGGUCCUGUCCUUAUUCGAUGGCAUUGCCACAGGCUAUCUGGUGCUGAAGGACCUGGGCUUCAAAGUGGAGCGCUACAUCGCGUCAGAAAUCUGCGAGGACUCCAUCGCCGUGGGCAUGAUCAAACACGAAGGGAAGAUCGAGCACGUGAAUGACGUGCGCAACAUCACCAAGAAACAUAUUGCUGAAUGGGGUCCAUUUGACCUCCUGAUCGGUGGGUCCCCCUGUAACGACCUGUCCAUGGUGAACCCGGCUCGCAAGGGUCUCUACGAGGGCACCGGGAGGCUGUUCUUUGAGUACUAUCGCCUGCUGACGCUGCUGCGCCCCCGUGAGGAUGAGGACCGCCCUUUCUUCUGGCUCUUCGAGAAUGUGGUGGCCAUGUCUUCCCGCGACAAGACCGACAUCUGCCGGUUCCUCGAGUGCAACCCGGUUCUGAUUGAUGCCGUGAAAGUGAGUCCAGCCCACAGAGCCCGCUACUUCUGGGGCAACUUGCCCGGAAUGGACAGACCCCUUGCUGUGUCGCAGAAUGACAAGGUGGACCUUCAGGAUUGCCUUGAAGUCGGACGCACAGCCAAGUUCAACAAGGUGCGUACCAUCACCACUAAGUCCAACUCCAUCCGGCAGGGCAAGACGGGACCGCUCCCGGUCACCAUGAACGGCAAAGAUGACUACCUGUGGUGCACAGAGCUGGAGAGGGUCUUCGGCUUUCCCAAGCACUACACCGACAUAAACAACAUGGGCCGCUGUCAGAGGCAGAAGGUUCUGGGCCGGUCCUGGAGCGUCCCAGUGAUCCGGCACCUGUUUGCACCCCUCAAGGACUACUUUGCCUGCGAGUGAGAGUGUCAUCCCCCUCGACCCCCCCCCCCCAACCCUUGUCCUCCUGACUCCCCUGUGCAUCAGCGCGCGCUGAUUGAAGUGGGAGUCAGCAGACGGAUUGUCAAUGAGGAACCCCCCCCCCCCCUUACCGCCUCCCUGCUUCAGUAAAUGAAUGAAUGAACUGUAGAGAUGUUGGCAUUUCACACAGACACCGAUUCCACAGAAUACCUCAUUUGUUCAGUUUUAUUUGCUUUUUUAAAUUUUAUACGGUCAACAUUCCAGUGGAGUCCACUUUUUACUGUUGAAUAUUUAAAAUUGCUUUUAAAACUGGCUCUGCCACCUACCUCACCGCUGUCCUGUCUGCUGUGACUGACUCAGCGUCUGUAGAAACAUGAAUUUACCCUUCCUCUCUAUUUAUAACUCAAUAACAGUGCACAAUAGUCCUCAACCACUUGUUUAUUUUUUAAUUUUUUUUUUUUUAAACUUGUACUGUAUGUGUUG